AUGGCCAUCAGACUCCCGUCCUUCCUCCAGCGUCGCCCUCAGCUGAGGGUCGAGCAGCCCAAGUCUACCUUUGCCGAGGGCAAUCCCCGAUGGACCAACAAAGAUCUGGACCCUGUGGCGCCUGCGGACCGCAAAUGGGGUGUCACGUCGUCCAUCACGUACUGGGUGUCAGACGCGUUCAACGCAGCGACGUGGCAGUUUGCUGCCAGCAUCAUCGCGACCGGUCUCACGUGGCGUGAGAGUGUUGGCAUUGUCGCACUGAGCUUCUUCAUAAUCGCUAUUGUGAUUGCCUUCAACGGCGCCAUCGGAGUGAUCCAUCAUGUGCCUUUCCCCGUGAUUGCCCGCGCCAGCUGGGGAUUCUGGGGCUCGUACAUUGCCAUCAUCUCGCGUGGCAUCCUGGCCAUCUUCUGGUUCGCGAUCCAGACGAUGAACGGUGCCAACACGGUGCGGGUCAUGAUCGGGGCCAUCUGGCCGUCGUUCCUGACGCUGGCCAACCACAUCCCCGAGGGCCGCGGCAUCGACGACGCGACCAUGAUCUCUUUCUUUAUUUUCUGGCUGGCGCAGGUGCCCUUCCUGCUCAUGCACCCGAACCAGCUGCGCUACUUGUUCAUGGCCAAGACGGCCAUCGUGCCCCUGUCGUGGGUGGCCAUCCUCAUCUGGGCCCUCGUCACGACCAAGGACGGCGACAUCUUCAACAAGCAGGUGGCCGACGUGUCUGGCGAGCGUUACAGCUGGGCCUUCCUGGCGUCCAUGACCUCCGUGAUUGGCAACUACGCCACCCUGUCGGUCAACCAGGCCGACUUUUCGCGAUACUCGCGCGUCAACGUCCGCUGGCAGCUCCUGUACGUGCCCAUGCUGCCCGUCUUCUUCACCUUCAUUGCCUUUAUCGGCAUUGCGGCCUCGAGCGCGGGCGGCUACCACUACGGCGUUAUCGAGUGGGACCCCAUGGCGCUCGUCGGGCACUGGGACAACCGGGCCGCGCGCUUCUUUGCGGGCUUCUCCUUUGCCCUGGCCGCGCUGGGCGUCAACAUCUCGGCCAACAGCCUGUCGGCAGCCAACGACCUCAUGGCCCUGGCCCCUCGCUUCAUCAACAUCCGCCGCGGCCAGCUCAUCUGCGCCGUCAUGUGCUGGGCCCUGGUCCCCUGGGAGAUCCUCAAGUCGGCGGGCAGCUUCCUCAACUUCAUGGCCGCCUACGCCAUCUUCCUGGGCCCCAUUGCGUCCAUCAUGCUCUUCGACUUCUGGGUCCUGCACCGCCGCAAGUACGACACACUCGCCCUGUACGACGCGGGGGGGAUCUACCGGUACAGCGGAGGCGUAAACUGGCGCGCCGUCGUGGCGUUCCUGGCCGGCGUCGCCCCCAGCCUGCCGGGCUUCAUCCACACCAUUAACCCGGCCGUCGAGGUCGGCGUCGGCGUGCACCCGUACGAGUUUGGCUGGCUGCUGGGCUUUGUCGGCACGGCCGCCGUGUACAUGGGCCUGUCCCUCGCGUUCCCCUCCAAGCCUACGUUCAUCGAGCGCGCCGUCCGGCCGGACGAGGUGUUUGCGGCCAACGGGUCGUCUGACGAGGUUGGCGAACAGCCGGGGGGUUACACUGAUGACAAGCAGGGGUCGCAGAAGUUUUACUCUCGGUUUGUCUAA